AUGGAAAUGACUUUAAACAAUAUUGAUAGCUUGCCAUCAGAAAACGAUAUCGAUAUCUUACCAUCAGAAAACGUAGAUGAUAAUGAGAUUUCAGUAAGCAAAUCAAAGAUUAUCAAUAAUGAUCGUGAUAAUUCUAAAACAACUUCAGUAACUAAAACAUCUUGUAUUUCGUGCAUGUCUCACACAACUAGAAGCAUUUUGUGUUUUGCUGGCUUUACAAGUAUAGCGAUGUUGAUUGGGAUUUUGAUAGUUUAUUACAGUACACCAAAACCAGCAAACAAAAUAUGUGGAUAUAUUUUAAAGUCAGAAACACGCAGUUCAACUGAUGACGAUUCUCGUCCAUAUUCUAUUUCUAUCGGUGAUUUUAACAAAGAUGGUCAUCCUGAUAUAGUUGUAUCGAAUUCAGGCAGCAACAACAUAGGAAUAUUUCUUCGACAAGGAAAUAAUACAUUUGAUGAUCAAAAAACAUAUUCCACGGGUUCUGAUUCGUUUCCGUAUGCAGUAGCUGUUGGCGAUUUCAACAAUGAUCAACGACAAGACAUAGCUGUGGCAAAUUUUGGUACCAAUAGUGUUGGAAUCUUUCUUGGAAUGGACAAUGGUACUUUCGCAUCUCAACGUACUUUUUCCACUGGAUCUUCUCGUCCACGAUGGAUUGACGUAGGAGAUUUUAACAAAGACACACAACUCGAUAUUGUUGUAGUUAACUAUGGUACUAACAGCAUUGGUAUUCUUCUAGGAACUGGUGACGGUAAUUUUGUGAGUCAGACAACAUUUUCUACUGGCUUUGACUCUAUUCCGUAUGCACUUGCCGUUACUGAUUUCGAUCAUGAUGAUAACCUUGAUAUCGCUGUGGCUAAUUAUGGUACUAAUACUAUUGGUAUAUAUUUUGGACGUGGCAAUAUGGAAUUCAGUAUCCAGAUUAUUUUUAACACAGGUAUUAAUUCCCAUCCAUAUUCAGUUGCCAUUAAUGAUUUAAAUAAUGACACUCAUAUGGAUAUUGUUGUUGCUUGUUCUGGUUCGAACAAUAUCGGCAUUCUUUUGGGAUUUGGAAACGGUACUUUUACGACACUAACAAAAUAUUCAACUGGCAAUAAUUCUUUUCCACAAUCAAUCGUCAUUGCUGAUUUUGACAAUGAUAACAACCUUGAUAUCAUUGUAGCUAAUUAUGGUACAGAUAAUCUAGGUGCAUUUUUUGGUUAUGGAAAUGGAUUGUUCGCUGAUCAGAUAAUAUUUUUCACUGACUUUGAUUAUACACCGUUCUCUAUUACCACUUGUGAUUUCAAUAAUGAUGAUCUAUCGGAUAUUGCGGUUGUUAACUUUGACCAUAACUAUAUUGAUAUUAUUCUCACAUAUCGAAUCUAUAGUUUUUCAAAUCAAACUGCUUAUUCAACAGGUACCAAUGCUGGUCCAUAUACCGUGAUUGUUUCUGACUACAAUAAUGAUAGUCGAACAGAUAUUUUCGUUACUAAUUUCGUUACGAGUAAGGUACGUAUAUUUAAGGGUUUUGGAAAUGGCACAUUCUCAACUCAAGCUAGUUACUCGACUAGAACUGGUUUAGGUCUGAAUUCCGUUGCUACUGGCGAUUUUAAUAAUGAUAAUCAAUUAGAUAUGGUAGUAUCCAAUAUGCUGGAUAACAAUAUUGGUAUAUUUCUAGGAUACGGUAACGGCAGUUUCUCAAGUCAAAUAACAUAUUCAACUGGUUCUGGUUCUCAACCCGCCGGUGUAAUUGUUGCAGAUUUAAAUAAUGAUAACCAACUCGAUAUUAUAAUUACCAAUUCUGGUACAAACAAUAUCGGCAUUUUUCUUGCUUUUGGUAAUGGUAGUUUUUCGACUCAAACAACUUAUUCAACUGGUAUUAAUUCUGCACCACAAAGUGCUAUUACUGGUCAUUUUAAUAAUGAUAGCUAUUUAGAUAUUGCUGUGGCCAACUUUCAUUUUUCUGGCAUAGGCGUGUUUUUUGGACGCGGUAAUGGUACUUUUACAGAUCAGACGUUCUUUUUUACUGGUUCUGGAUCUGGACCAAAUAGUAUUGUCACUGGUGAUCUAAAUAAUGAUGGUCAACUGGAUAUAAUCGUUUCUCUCUACUUCAAUCUUGCUAUUGAUAUUUUUCUAAGCUUUGGUAAUGGUACAUUUGCUAGUCCAGUGAGUUAUUCAACUGGCAGUGGUUCUCAACCACAGUCGAUAAACAUUGGAGAUUUCAAUAAUGAUUAUAAAUUGGAUAUCGUGGUUGCUAAUUGUCAAACUGCUAAUGUAGCAGUGUUUAAAGGAAACGGUGACGGUACAAUGCAGGAUGAAGAAACUUAUUCAACUGGUAGCAAUAGUUGUCCACAUUCGGUUGCAGUUGGUAACUUUAAUAGCGAUAAUCGACUGGAUAUUGUCGUUUCUAAUUUCUAUACUAGUGUAAUAGGUAUUUUUCUUGGUUUUACUUAUAUGACUGGUAUACGUGAAAAUACCUAUUCCACUGGAACUUCUCCGCAUCCAAGAACUGUUGCUCUCGGUGAUUUUAAUAAUGAUAAUCAAUUAGAUAUGACUAUUGCAUACUAUGAACUCAACGCCAUAGGAGUUUCCUUAGGCCAAACAUUCGGAAAUUUUCCGUUGAAUACAAUAUUUUCAACUGGUGAUUUGUCUUAUCCAACAUCGGUUGCUCUUGAUGAUUUAAACAAUGAUAAUCAAGUUGAUAUAGCUGUAACUAACUCUGGUACGAAUAAUGUUGCUAUUCUAUUUGGAGAUGGAAAUGGUAAUUUUUCAAGUCCUGAGAUCUAUUCUACAGGAUUCGGUUCUAUUCCACAAUCAUUAGCCAUUAACGAUUUUAACAAUGAUAGAAAACCUGAUAUUGUUGUUGUUAAUUCUGGCACUAAUAAUAUAUUUACAUUUUUGAAAUAUGAUAUUGGAGCAUUUAAAAAACAAAUAUCACAUUUCACUGGAACUCAUUCUACUCCACAAUCCGUAUCUGCAGGUGAUUUUAACAAUGAUGGUUGGAUAGAUUUCGUUGUUGCCAACAGUGGUAUCAACACUAUAGGUAUUUUUCUAGGGUUAGGCAACGGUACUUUCUCCAGUCAAGUAGCUUCUUAUUCAACUGGUAUCGGAUCGAGUCCACAGCCCACUAUCGUUGUUGAUUUAAACAAUGAUAGCUACUUAGAUAUUGUUGUCGCAAAUUAUUAUUCAGGUAAUAUUGGUGUUUUCCUUGGAUAUGGUCAUGGUAACUUUUCGAAUCAGACAACUUACGCAACUGGAUCUAAUUCUGGUCCAGCUGAUGUCACUUUUGCUGAUUUGAAUAAAGACAAUUGCUUAGAUAUCAUUGUUGCUCUUGAAUUGUCACAUAACAUAGGUAUUUUUUAUGGAAACGGUGAUGGAACUUUUUCCAACGUUAGUUUAUAUCCAACAGGAACCAAUUCUUAUCCAAUAUCAGUUGCUAUUGCUGAUUUCAAUGAAGAUAAUCGACUGGAUAUUGUCGUUGUUAAUUAUGCAACUGCUAAUAUGUGUAUUUUUUAUGGAAGUAUCAAUGAUACAUUUUCAAUUCAAGGAAAUUAUUCCACUGGUAGUGGCUCACAUCCAGAUUCGGUUAUUGUUGCUGAUUUUAACAAUGAUCAUCGUCUAGAUAUCGCUGUUGCUAACUCUGGAACGGAUAAUAUAGGUAUCUUUUUUGGAAAUAGUAAUCAUACUUUUUCUCAACAAAUUACAUUGUCUACGGGUAAUAAUUCUGCUCCUUCAUGGAUCGCUGCCGGUGAUUUUAACAAUGACAAUCAAAUGGAUAUAGUCACUGCUAAUUAUGGUAAUGGAUACUUAGGUGUUCUUCUUGGAUGUGUGAAUGGCACUUUUUUCAGUCAAUUGCUCUAUUCCACUGGUGAUAAUUCUGAACCCUAUCAUUUAGCUAUUGCUGAUUUUAAUAAUGACAGUCGAUUAGAUGUUAUUAUCGCUAACUAUGGUUCUGAUAGUGUAGGUGUACUUUUUGGAUAUGUUAACGAAAGUUUUUUAAAUGCACCGGCAUAUUCUACUGGACUUUCCUCUCAACCGACUUCUAUCGCAAUUGCAGAUUUCGAUAAUGAUACUCAAAAAGAUAUCGUCGUCACCAAUACUGGCAUGGAUAAUAUAAUGAUAAUAUUUGGAUCAGGUUAUGGCACUUUUAAUAGUCAAACAAUUACAUAUUCGACUGGAAAUGGAUCUCAACCGUGUUGGGUUGCUGUUGGAGAUUUUAAUAUGGACAAUCGAUCGGAUAUUGUUGUUGCAAAUUCUGGUAGUGAUAAUAUCGGUGUUUUUCUUAGCAAUGGCACAAAUAGUUUUUCAAAGCAAAUGAAUUAUUUUACCGGUGUGCUUUCUCGACCAUAUUCAGUUGCUAUAUUAGAUUUUAAUAAUGAUACUCUAUUAGAUAUAGCUGUAGCUAAUUAUGGUGCAAACAAUCUUGGUAUUUUUCUAGGUUUCGGUAAUGGAAGUUUCGCCAUGGAACAGAUAUUUCCUACUGGUUUUAAAUCAAACCCCUUUGCACUUGCCGUCGGUGAUGUCAAUAAUGAUAGAUUGAUGGAUAUUGUUGCCACCAAUAAUGGAUAUGGCAAUAAAGAUUUGACAUUUCAAGUUUAA